AUGAAAGGGUUAUCGGGCAGCCGCAGCCACCACCACGGGGUCACCUGCGACGCGGCCUGCGACUCGCUGUCGCACCACUCGGACCGCAAGCCCUACCUGCUGAGCCCGCUGGAGCACCACCCGGCCGACCACCCUUACUACACUCAGCGGAACUCCUUCCAGGCCGAGUGCGUGGGCCCGUUCAGCGACCCGCUGGCCAGCAGCACCUUCCCGCGCAGGCACUACACCUCGCAGCAGGAGCUGAAGGACGAGUGCGCCCUGGUGCCCCGCACGCUGGCCGCCAAGGCCAACCGCAUCCCCGCCAACCUCCUGGACCAGUUUGAGAGGCAGCUGCCGCUCAGCCGGGAUGGCUACCACACGCUGCAGUACAAGCGCACGGCCGUGGAGCACCGCAGCGACAGCCCCGGCCGCAUCCGCCACCUGGUCCACUCGGUCCAGAAGCUCUUCACCAAGUCGCACUCCCUGGAGGGGCCGUCCAAGGGCAGCGUCAACGGGGGCAAAGCCAGCCCCGACGAGACGCAGACGGGGAGGUACGGCAAGCGCAGCAAGAGCAAGGAGCGGCGCGCCGACCCCAAGGCCCGCGCCAACGCCUCCCCGGGCUGGUGGAGCUCCGACGACAACCUGGACGGCGACGUGUGCAUCUACCACGCGCCCUCGGGAGUGAUGACCAUGGGCAGGUGCCCCGACCGCUCGGCCUCGCAGUACUUCAUGGAGGCCUACAACACCAUCAGCGAGCAGGCGGUCAAGGCCUCCCGGAGUAACAACGACGUCAAGUGCUCCACCUGUGCCAACCUGCCCGUCAACCUGGACGCGCCGCUCCUGAAGAAGAGCGCCUGGUCCUCCACCCUGACCGUGAGCCGCGCCAGGGAGGUGUACCAGAAAGCGUCGGUUAACAUGGACCAGGCCAUGGUGAAGUCAGAGUCCUGUCAGCAAGAGCGCUCCUGCCAGUACCUUCAGGUUCCACAGGAUGAAUGGACAGGGUACACCCCUAGAGGUAAAGACGACGAAAUUCCGUGCCGAAGAAUGCGGAGCGGCAGCUACAUCAAGGCCAUGGGAGAUGAAGACAGUGGUGACUCUGACACAAGUCCCAAGCCUUCUCCCAAAGUUGCUGCGCGAAGAGAAAGCUAUCUCAAGGCUACUCAGCCAUCCCUUACAGAACUCACCACACUCAAGAUUUCCAAUGAACACUCCCCCAAACUCCAGAUCCGGAGUCACAGUUACCUGAGGGCAGUAAGUGAAGUCUCCAUCAAUCGAAGCCUGGACAGCCUUGACCCUGCCGGCCUGCUCACAUCACCAAAGUUCCGCUCUAGGAACGAGAGCUACAUGCGAGCCAUGAGCACCAUCAGCCAGGUGAGCGAGAUGGAAGUGAACGGGCAGUUCGAGUCCGUGUGUGAAUCCGUGUUCAGCGAGCUGGAGUCGCAGGCGGUGGAAGCCCUGGACCUGCCCAUGCCCGGGUGCUUCCGCAUGCGGAGCCACAGCUACGUGCGGGCCAUUGAGAAGGGCUGCUCCCAGGACGACGAGUGCGUGUCCCUGCGGUCCUCCUCCCCACCGCGCACCACCACCACCGUGAGGACCAUUCAGAGCAGCACCGGUGUCAUAAAACUGAGUUCUGCAGUUGAAGUGUCAUCUUGCAUUACAACAUAUAAGAAGACACCACCUCCAGUCCCACCCAGAACUACCACGAAACCUUUCAUUUCUAUCACAGCCCAGAGUAGCACAGAGUCUGCCCAGGAUGCCUACAUGGAUGGACAGGGCCAGCGAGGAGAUAUUAUCAGCCAGUCUGGACUGAGCAACUCCACGGAGAGCCUGGACAGUAUGAAGGCUCUGACAGCCGCCAUCGAAGCUGCAAAUGCCCAGAUCCACGGCCCCGCAAGUCAACACAUGAGCAACAACCCUGCCACUGUCACUACCACGACCACCAUAGCCACUGUCACCACAGAGGACAGGAAGAAGGAUCACUUUAAGAAAAAUCGAUGCCUUUCCAUUGGGAUACAGGUGGAUGAUGCUGAAGAGCCUGAGAAAACAGGGGAGAAUAAAGCACCCAGUAAGUUCCAGUCCGUAGGAGUGCAAGUAGAAGAAGAGAAGUGCUUCCGCAGGUUCACUCGAUCCAACAGCGUGACGACAGCCGUACAGGCCGACCUGGACUUCCACGAUAAUCUGGAAAACUCUCUGGAGUCUAUAGAGGACAAUUCGUGCCCCGGCCCAAUGGCCAGACAGUUCUCCCGGGACGCGAGCACCUCCACCGUCAGCAUCCAGGGCUCAGGAAACCACUACCACGCCUGCGCAGCCGACGACGACUUCGAUGCGGAUUUUGACCCUUCGAUUCUGCCUCCCCCGGAUCCCUGGAUUGACUCGAUCACCGAAGACCCCCUGGAGGCCGUCCAAAGGUCGGUGUGCCACCGGGACGGCCACUGGUUUCUGAAGCUUCUCCAAGCAGAGCGGGACCGCAUGGAAGGGUGGUGCCAGCAGAUGGAGCGAGAAGAGCGGGAAAACAACCUGCCGGAAGACAUUCUAGGGAAAAUCCGAACUGCAGUGGGCAGUGCCCAACUUCUCAUGGCCCAGAAAUUCUACCAGUUCAGAGAACUGUGUGAAGAAAACCUGAAUCCCAAUGCUCAUCCAAGGCCCACUUCCCAGGAUCUGGCGGGGUUCUGGGACAUGCUGCAGUUGUCCAUAGAAAAUAUUAGUAUGAAAUUUGAUGAACUUCAUCAGUUAAAGGCCAAUAAUUGGAAACAGAUGGAUCCUCUUGACAAGAAGGAGAGAAGGGCCCCUCCUCCAGUGCCAAAGAAGCCGGCGAAGGGCCCCGCGCCGCUGAUCCGGGAGCGCUCGCUGGAGAGCUCGCAGCGCCAGGAGGCCCGCAAGCGCCUGAUGGCCGCCAAGCGCGCCGCGUCCGUCCGCCAGAACUCGGCCACCGAGAGCGCCGAGAGCAUCGAGAUCUACAUCCCCGAGGCGCAGACCCGGCUCUGA